CUGAUUCCUUUGUUAUUAUUUUAUCUGGUAAUCUCGUUGAAAGCAAAAUGGUUGUAUCUUGUUGUGUGAUCGAUUGCACAAGCAGAUUCGACAAGGAUAACCCAAGGAGCUUUUUUCGCAUCCCAAAGAAACCAGAACCCCGAAGAAAGCUAUGGAUUACAGCCAUAAAGCGCGUGUGUAUCAUCGGACGUCAACAAGUCAAUGGGAACCUACAGAUUACGAUCGCGUUUGUUAUCGUCACUUCAUAACAGGAGAGAAGAGCAAUGACAAGAAUAACCCUGACUACAUUCCCUCUGUGAACAUGGGCUACAAGGACACUAAACCAAGUGGGGAUCUGCGCCAUGCUAGACACCGUCGAUUGGAGGGCAGAGAAUCCGAGAAAGGCAAGAAACAAGCAGCUUCUGCAUUACUGGAUUUGUCAAACACAGAAAAUAUAUUUGAGACACAAGCUGAAGAAUUGCAGCCACAUGUCGACAUACACAGUGGCUGUAUUAAAAAAAUUGCUGCCCUGCGAAUAGAAAACCAGCAGCUAUAUGAAGAGUUAGGGAGACUUCAAACAGAGAAUGCGAUUUUAAAACAGAAUGAAAGUCGACCGAGUUUUGAGGAGCAGAUGACAUCCAGUGAUCAAAGAAUUCAGUUUUAUACAGGUCUACAGUCAAAAGCUCUAUUUGUAUGGCUGCUGGCAUUUUGCUCCCUGGCACUUCCAGCGUGCAAAGUUCUAAGCCCAACAUGUGUAAUGUUGUGUAUAAUAAUGAAACUUAGGUUGAAUCUCCAGCACCAGGACUUGGCGUAUAGGUUCAGUGUGUCUGUGACCACAAUAUCCGACAUUCUUAACCAGGGACUGCCAAAAUUAGCAGAAAAACUUUCAUUUCUGAUUCAGUGACCUGAUAAAGACAGUCUGAUAAGAAACAUGCCUAAUGUUAUUAAAAUAACCUACCCAAAAUG